UCUCAGUUCGCUCCGUUGUUUCCCUGCAAAAUCUCACCUUUCUAGUAGGAGCUGAACCAAACUGGAGGAAAAUUGAAGUAAAUCAAUAAUAAUCUGUAUAGCCAUUCUUCCCUUCUUCUGUUCAGUAUUUUUAAUGGAAGCCCGUAGCUUGCUCUCUGAAUUUUGUUCAAACUCUACAAACUUGAUACUUCAAAAGACCAGAAAAUUAUCAACAGCAAGAAUAGUAUCUUCGUCUUCUUCCUUCAUUCAGUCCCAUAAUCGGGUUUCUUUUAAAACCCAUUAUCAUACAAAGCUUGUUUCACAAAGGGUAGAGAUUAAGAGAAGAUUACAGUGUACAAAUAGUGUUGAAAAAGCAGAGGACCUUAACGCGGUUGUGAAAGAUUCGGGAAAUGGGGUUCGACAUAAAAAGCUAGCAGUUUUUGUCUCCGGUGGAGGGUCAAACUUUCGGUCGAUCCAUGAGGCCACUGUUGAGGGAAGGGUCAAGGGCGACAUUGUUGUUUUGGUCACCAAUAAAUCCGGUUGUGGAGGAGCUGAGUAUGCAAGAGCUAGUGGAAUCCCUGUUAUUUUGUUCCCCAAAACCAAAGAGACUGAAGGACUAUCUCCAACUGAUCUUGUAAGUGCUCUGAGGAAAUUUGAGGUUGACUUUAUUCUCUUAGCUGGAUACUUGAAACUUAUACCAGCUGAGUUGAUUCAGGCCUACCCCAGAUCUAUAUUAAACAUCCAUCCAUCUCUUCUUCCAGCCUUUGGGGGCAAAGACUACUAUGGUAUGAAGGUCCACAAAGCUGUUAUUGCUUCUGGAGCUAGAUAUUCAGGUCCCACAAUCCAUUUUGUUGAUGAACAUUAUGAUACUGGUCGUAUUCUUGCUCAAAAGGCAGUACCUGUUCUGGCAAAUGAUACGGCAGAGGUGCUGGCUGCAAGGGUCCUUCAUGAGGAGCAUCAAUUGUACGUGGAAGCCACUGCAGCAUUAUGUGAAGAGCGGAUAAUUUGGAGGGAAGAUGGUGUACCUCUCAUCCGAAGUAGAGAAAACCCAAAUGUAUACAGCUGAAGGAAACCUGGUCGGAGAUUGCAUGUGAGAUUAAAACAAGCACAUAGUUAGGACCCAGAACUUCAUCCAACAGAGCUACUGGGUCUAUUUGUUUGUUCAGCAGAGCUGUGUGAAUUUUAUGAUCAAAGUUUUACAGGUUAUGGGAUAUCAGGCAUUUGGCAAACAGGGUACAACCCAACCCCAAAGAGAUUUCCUUGUUCAAGUGUCUCUGGUUGGACGAUAUGAAAAUCAUAGAUUCAUAGCAGCAGAACACUUUAUGACUAUUGGCCAAUUUUCUUUUUCCUGUUGUUGUUUCUAGGAAUUAGAACAUUUGGACAGAUUUAAAAUCCAAGAUUGGCCCAUCUUGCUUUUAGUAUAAAGAUGAGGGGAUACAUUGAUUUAAGGGUGGCAGCACAUCCAAAUUCGCCACUUGAUUUGAUAUUCUGCGUGUGAAACACUGAAAUUUGAUGCUUUUUUUUUUAUGGAUGGAACUAUUUUUAUGAAACUUGGAGGACUGCUUUUAUCUUCAA